AUGUUUGCCGAGCUCGAUUAUCCAUUACCCAAUCCUCAUGGAUCAUCUCAUCAUUUAUCUCGUGUUUUAACUGGUCUAUCAUCGCCUGACAUUCAACAAUAUUCAUAUUCGUCUCCAAAUCUUAAUUGGCGUCAUUAUUCACUUGAUUUUUUUCUUAAUAAUUUUAAUAUAAUGCCUAAUAACGAUUCAACAUUUCUUAAUUCAACUUUAACAAAUUAUUCAUCUAAUUCCCAAGGAAAAUUAUCGUCUGAUGAUGAAGCACCCGAUCAUCUUCUUUAUCUUAUUAUUCCGCUUUAUUCACUUGUUUUUGUCAUUGGCACAAUUGGAAAUAUUUUAGUUAUAUUAACUGUCUUUACAGUUAAACAAAUGCGUAAUACAACCAAUGCACUUAUAUUACAUUUAGCUAUUGCAAAUUUAUCAUUUGUACUUAUGUGUAUACCACAUACAAUAUAUGUAUAUGUUGUUCAUUCAUAUUAUUUUCCAAGACUGUUAUGUAAAGUAGCAAAUACAUUAAUGUAUUUAAGUGCGUAUGUUAGUAUUUAUAUCCUUGUAUUAAUGUCAAUUGAUCGAUUUCUUGGUGUUGUUUUUGCUGUUAAAUCUGUUAAAUAUCGAACGGAACGUAAUGCACAUUUAGCUGUCAUUAUUGUUUGGUUAAUUGGCAUUAUUUUUGCUUCACCUAACAUGAUCUAUUAUGAUGUAUUACUUGUUGAUUCAAAUGCUGAUGUUUGGGUAUGUUUAUUUCGUGGUGAUAGUCCUUUUUUAAAUACAGCUCGUCGUGUAACAGCUUAUUUUUUUGCUUUAUUUGGUUUAAUUGUUCCUUUAAUUGUAAUUGUUAUACUCUAUGGUCUUAUUAUAAAUGUUUUACGUAAAAAUUCUAAAGGUAAACAAGUAGCAAAAGGUAAAAAACGUGUUACAAAAAUGGUUUCAGCAGUUAUAUCAUCAUUUGUUAUAUGUUGGACACCAAUGCAAAUAUAUUUAUUAUAUACACAUCAUAAUCAAGUUACAAUAUUAUUUGCUAUUGUUGCUCAAAGUCUUGUUUAUAUAUCCUCAUGUGUUAAUCCAAUAUUAUAUGCAUUUUUAUCUGAACCAUUUCGUAAAACAUUUAAACAAUUUUUAACAUGUUCGAAUGUAUUAUCAAAUCAUAUAACUAAUCAAAAUAGUACUGAAACAACUACGACAACUAAAACAUAUUGUGCUGUACAACGACAACGGCAAGCAAACAAACCAUUAGCAUUGAAACCAAGUGUAAAUAAUCAUCAUCGAAUAAAAACUGAGAAUAAUUCAAUUACAACAUCAUCCGAACGAGUUAAAUAUGAUCUUGUAUCAAAUACAAAUACAACUAGUUUAAAUUAA